GUAAACGAAGUGGACGAAGAAUACAAACCAUUCUACAUCAGUUUCGUGGUUCGCACAUUUCUCUUCUUCCUCGAUCCUCUGCGUGCCGUUCGCAUUCGGAUCCUCGAUGUGCUUGUCUCUGGGCUCAUUGAGCCGGUUCUCCAACUGGCCGAUGCAUCCUUGACUCAGGCACACCUUGAAGGCAAUCGUUUCAAUCUUCGACAUGCUCAACUUGCCCACGCCAGUUUUCUUCAACUGGAUGCUGAUAUGAGUGGGACGCUCUCGAGAGAAGUGUUUAAUGAGUACAGUUUUCCCCUUACAAGAGUGGGGAAUGAGUGA